AUGACCGCCACACAUUUAUCUGGUUCCAGCCCGCCUGACAUCGAGGUAUACGAUGAUAUGAUGGAGACGGAAAAGUUGGAGAAGCCUCCUAUCGUCGACGAUCCUUUUGGAAAUGAAGAAUCCGGGGAAGUGAAGUAUCGUGUGAUGAAGUGGUGGCAAGCUGGAAUGCUAAUGGUUGCUGAAAACAUUUCACUCGGUAUUAUGUCUCUACCAUCCGCUGUGGCAACUCUUGGAAUUGUCCCGGCACUUCUCCUCAUUCUCGGCCUAUCUGGCAUCUCAUGGUACACCGGCUAUGUCUUUGGUCAGUUUAAGCUGCGCUACCCCCAUGUGCACAGCAUGGGUGACGCCGGCGAGAUUCUUAUGGGUCCCAUUGGACGAGAGAUCUGUUACUUCGGCCAGCUGCUAUUCAUUAUUUUCCUGAUGGCUAGCCACAUCCUCACCUUCACCGUGACAUUCAACACCAUCACAGACCACGGCACUUGCACCAUCGUCUUCGGAGUAGUGGGUUUGGUCGCGUGCUCCAUUGCUUCCCUCCCGCGGACCUCAGAGAAGGUGUUCAUGAUGUCCACCAUCUCUGCUGCCAGUAUUCUGAUCGCCACGAUCGUUACUAUGGUCUCUGUUGCAGUUCAGGAGCCUGCCGACGUUGUGAAUGAAAUCACCACACACCCUACUUUUGUUAACGCUUUCUUGGCCGUGACCAAUAUCGUCUUCGCUUUCAUCGCCCACGUGUCUUUCUUCGGUAUCAUUUCGGAGAUGGAGGAUCCCCGCCAGUUCCCCAAGUCUCUGGCUAUGCUUCAGGUUGUCGACACUACAAUGUAUGUUGUGGCCGCGAUGGUCAUCUACUGCUAUGUAGGCCCGGAUGUUUCGUCUCCCGCUCUUUCAGCUGCCGGGCCUGUGAUGAAGAAAGUCGCCUACGGCCUUGCGAUUCCCACAGUUAUUGUUGCUGGUGUCGUUUUCGGACACGUUGCAUGCAAGUACAUUUAUGUCCGCAUCUUCCGAGGCGAACGCUCCCACCACAUGCACCAGCGCAGUCUUCUUGCUACUGGUACUUGGGUUGCCAUCUGUUUGAGUACCUGGACUAUUGCCUGGGUUAUUGCCGAGUCGAUCCCUGUGUUCAACGAUUUGUUGAGCCUGAUUAGUGCUCUCUUUGGAAGUUGGUUCAGCUACGGCCUGCCUGCCAUUUUCUGGCUAGUCAUGAACAAGGGACAGUGGUGGUCGACACCGAAAAAGAUCUUCCUCACGAUCGUCAACUUCCUGAUUCUAGGAAUCGCUUGCGCUAUUUGUGGAUUGGGACUUUAUGUCUCCGGCAAGUCUAUUCACGACAGCACCACAAACUCCAGCUGGACUUGUGCUAGCAAUUCUAUAUAG